AUGCAUUACGUUUUUUGUCCUGCUUGUUUUUUAUCUCAGAAUCCUAGAAAAAGUAGAAAAGUUUUGUUAAAUUCAUUAAUGCUUCACUUUCUAAAUUACCAUGGAUGGAGGCAAUCAGAAAAUGUAAAAUUUUAUUGUGUUGAAGAAGCAUGUAGAGAUGUUAACAGAAAUGAGCAUAGAACUUCUAUAAUAAAGGGAAUUAGAAAAAAAGGCCAAAUGCAGCUUAAAAGUUACUAUAAUCAUUGUCUUUUGAAACACACAAAAUCAAUUAGAAAUGAUGAUGAAACCAAGAAAUGUGAUAAAAAUAUUAAAUAA